UUCGCGUGUGGGUGGUUGUGUCUAAGUCAGUGUUUUAUUUUUUCUGCGUGGAUUUCUAACAUCCUACUGAGCUUUUGGGGUUUUUGUCUUUUGUUCUCAUUAUCAAGUCGACCUGUGAUCGGAUGUUUAAAACCCCCCAAAUCGUGAGAGGAACAAGACUUCAGAGCAGAAACCUCAGUCUCAGACGUCCAUCCAGCAUUAUAAAACAGUCUUUCUCGUCCACAGACCACAAACAAUGAAGCUGUUGCUGUAUUGUAUUCUCCUGACAGUCGGACUGGCUACUGGCUCCCGCAGUCCACUGAAUGACUUCCAGCGCUCUGAGGGUAGAGAGCUGGUUCCCACCUCCUGGAACUCAGCUCGAGUGUUGCUGUUGCCGGGCCUGAGCCUGGAGGACUGUGCCACACGCUGCUCACAGUCUCUGGACUGCAGAGCGUUCAACUACGAGACACGUCCGACUGUCACCUGUAAACAUCUGCCCUGGGUGGGCGAUGGGAGCAAUGCAGAGGUGAAGAGAAACGUCAACUGUGACCUUUAUGAGAAGAAGGUCUAUGUCAGAAAGUGCAUCGUGGGUAAAGGAGAAGACUACCGAGGGAAAGUCUUCACCACAAAAAGCGGGCUCACCUGCCAACAGUGGUGGUCUAAGUUUCCUCAUGAUCACAGGUGGACUCCCACAGCUACUAAUGGUCUGGAGUUGAACUACUGCAGGAAUCCAGAUGGGGAUCGUAUCGGUCCGUGGUGCUACACCACUGACCCUGAGAGGCGUUAUGAAAGCUGCUACAUCCCCCAGUGCAAAGAUGAGGUAUGUAUCACAUGUAAUGGAGAAGACUACAGAGGGCAGGUUGACCACACUGUGAGUGGCAGAGAGUGUCAGAGAUGGGACCAGCAGAACCCUCACCAACACAUCUACCAGCCUGAAAAGUAUCCUGAUAAGAGUUUAGAUGAUAACUACUGCCGUAACCCUGAUGCCUCUCCAGUGCCCUGGUGUUACACCACAGACCCUGAGGUGGAGAGAGAGAACUGUGAGAUCAGCAAGUGCACUGAGGUGCGGGUUGAGAAACGCCAGCGCUCCAGCUUCACGACCAACUGUUUCCGUGGCCGUGGGGAGGAUUAUCGUGGUAAAGUCAACGAGACAACAUCAGGUAUCCCCUGUCAGCGGUGGGAUGCCCAAUACCCUCAUGAGCAUCCCUUCUACCCAAAUACAUAUGAAUGCAAAGGUUUAGAGGAGAACUACUGUCGUAACCCAGAUGGGUCGGAGGCUCCCUGGUGCUUCACAUCUGUGCCAGAGAUGAGGACUGCUCUCUGCUUACAGAUCAAACGCUGUGCAGACGACAUAGAGGCUGAAGAUUGCUACCAAGAAAAUGGGAAAAACUACAAAGGCAUGGUCCGCAAAACUCGUAAGGGGAUCACCUGCCAGAAAUGGAACGUUAACACACCUCACCGGACCAGGAUAAACCCAAAGACGCAUCCUGAGGCCAAUCUGACAGAGAACUACUGUCGUAACCCAGAUGGGGACCAGCACGGACCCUGGUGCUACACCACCGACCCCAAAACUGAGUUUGACUACUGUGCCAUCAAACAGUGUGCUGGAGAGAAAUCGCCUAUGACUGAACCAGUAGCAGAGCUCAGUGAGUUUAGUGAGUGCGGGAAGAGAGAGGACCGCUUCCAGGUUUCCAGGUUGCGUAUCGUGAAUGGGAUUCCCGGGAACUCGCCAUGGACAGUGAGCCUCAGAGACAGGAAAGGAAACCAUUUCUGUGGAGGAUCCCUGGUAAACCCCAGAUGGGUGAUCAGCACCAAGCAGUGUUUCUCCUCCUGCUAUGUGGACCUGCCCGGGUACUCGGCCAUGAUGGGAACACUGUUUCGUGAUCCACAAGAAGGAGAGUCUGGUGUGCAAACCAUCCCGCUUACCAAGAUCGUCUGUGGACCCUCAGAGUCUCAGCUGGUCAUGCUACAACUGGAAUCUCCUGCCCAGUUUAAUGAGCGUGUCUCUCAGAUCUGCCUCCCUCCUGAGCGCUACAUUGUAGCUGAGGGGACGAACUGUGAGAUCGCAGGAUGGGGUGAAACGAGAGGGACUGGAGAUGAGACCGUCCUCAAUGUGGCCCAAAUACCAGUUCUUAGUAACAAGGAAUGCAACAAAUACUUCAGAGGUCGUGUUCGCGAGAAUGAGAUGUGCACGAGCUCAUUCCAGGGCGGGGUAGGCGCCUGUGAGAGAGACUACGGCGGUCCUCUGGCGUGUAAGAGCAUGGACUGCUGGGUACUCGAGGGUGUGAUCAUCCCCAUGAGGCGCUGCGGACACCCGGGGCAGCCCAACAUCUUCAUCCGUGUCUCUGUUUACGUGGACUGGAUCAAGAAGGUCAUGGAGAUGGCUUAGAAACAGAGACUGCCAUCCAACAGGGACUGAUUAAAUCCGCUGUCAAAGCCCUCAAGACCAGUUAUUAACUUAACCAUAUACUUUUUUUCUUCUCAGAUGUCUGUUUUACAUUAAAAAAUAUUAACAAUUCA